AUGGAGUACCAUAGGAUAUUUCCCGACCAGCCGCACAAGCCGCCAGCGUCCAAGCAAGCAAUUAAGUCGCUCAAACGGACGCCUAUUGACGAAACAGGAAAAAAAUGCCCCGUUUGCUUGAAGGAGUUUGGCCAUGAAGAAGUUGUGACGGAGCUGCCCUGCUGCCACUACUUCCACGAUGAUUGCAUACUCCCAUGGCUGAAAUUGGUGAACACUUGUCCAGUGUGUCGGCACGAGCUGCCAGAUGACCCGAACUACGAGGAACUUAAAGCCCAAAAGGCAAGUACAUAACUUUUUUUAACUGCCUACAGCAAAAGUAUUUAAGGCAAGGGCAUACAAGGAAUUAGUUCACAGUGGAUAAGAGCUAGAGUAAUUAAAUGAAACCCAAAUUUUGCCCAUUGGAAAGACAAUUAUGUGUACAAGAGGCCCAAGUGUACAACUACUUUUGCCUCCGCGACGCCCCAAUGCAGGGGGCCGUCAACAUCACGCGGUGUAAAUGUGCAACUCGAAGUGAAGGGGACACUACAUUACAAUUAAAGAGCAAGAAGCAAAACCCCAGCCUUUAAACCUUGGCCAACAUUUCCGAACAUUGUUAAAAUUUUGUUACCAACUUGCAUGUAGUUUGGUUAGUCACUGUGCCAUUACUUUUCAGAAGGCUAUGAAGGUGGAAUUUCCUCACCCCUGUACCCUAAGGAGCUAAUAUUUGCAUGCUGCCAGUUGCUGCAGCAAAUGCACUUUGAAAUACUAAUAAAGUUAGUUCACUACCGUGCCAAUUACUGUGUGGCUAUUCCCAAUUUUCAGCACCUGAAGGACACAAAUCUGUCCUUCAUGCAUUCCUCAUCACAGCAGCCAGUUCUAGAUGCACACAAUGUCAGCCAUGACCAACAAUUACAAAUUGACCAUGAAUCUGCAUUUACUAGGGCAGCGUAAUAACCCUCAUGGGAACAAUGCUACUUCACAGCAGUAUUCACCAAGCAAAGGACGAACAUGGUUAAAGCCAUCAAGCUGGCAAGGCAUCCAGAUUUAACAGCUUACUACGUUCUUAGUUAUAUUCUUGGAAACAGGCCUACUUUGUUCAGAACAGAUAAUGGUCAAAGUGCUUUAGUCUAUGCCUCUCGCCUGUGGGGGCUUGUAGCCAUAUCCAAGGGCAACUUUCUCGAGCUACUUUUGCAUGGUGCCGUAGA